GAAACAAGAAAAAGUGGGACAAUUAAUGGAAAAGACAAUAUAUAAAAGCAUAUAAAUGGAAAGGUGGAAAGUUAUUUGCAAUGUUAUUAUAAAAAGCUUAAAGAGUUAAUUUGUGGUACUGAAGCAUUGAAAAAUGGAUGUGAGCAAGUUACAAAACUCUAAUGAGAAAAAAGAAGAUGAAGUUGUGCUUCCUGGAUUUAGAUUCCAUCCAACAGAUGAAGAGCUUGUUGGAUUUUAUCUACGACGAAAGGUGGAGAAGAAUCCUCUUCGAAUUGAACUCAUCAAACAAAUUGACAUCUACAAAUAUGAUCCAUGGGAUUUACCAAAAACAAGUAAUGUGGGGGAGAAAGAAUGGUAUUUCUUUUGCCUAAGAGGAAGAAAAUAUAGGAACAGCAUAAGGCCAAAUAGAGUGACAAAAUGUGGAUUUUGGAAAGCCACAGGAAUUGAUAAGCCUAUAUAUUGUGUUAAAGAAUCUCAUGAAUGCAUUGGACUCAAGAAAUCAUUGGUUUACUACCGUGGAAGUGCAGGGAAAGGCACCAAAACUGAUUGGAUGAUGCAUGAAUUUCGUCUUCCACCCAAAGGAAAAAUUAACAAUCAUGAUGUUCAAGAAGCUGAAGUGUGGACGUUAUGCCGAAUAUUCAAAAGAAUCCCAUCAUACAAGAAGUACACACCAAAUUUGGAAAAAGACUUGGCAACAACGGUCACUAAUUCUUCAAGUUCCAAAACAUGCAGCUUAGAAUCUGACAACAGCAACAAGCCAUACUUGACUUUCAGAGACUCACAAGUUGUUGUUCAACAAAAUGAAAGCAAACCAUUUAUUAAUGGACAACUUGACCAAAGCAUUAACUACUCAUUUUUAAGUCAUGUAGCUCAUGAAGCUCCAACAACCUUGUCUCACUCAUGUUUUUGGAAUGAUCACAGUGUGGGGGAUGAUGCUCUUGCAAAUGAGAAUUGGGAUAGUCUCAGAUCUGUGGUUCAAUUUACCUUUGAUUCAUCAAAGGUUUAUGAUGAUUGUAAAUACUUUAACUAGAUUUAACAUUUAUGAGUACCUUAUGCUAGCUACUUUAAACUACUGGUACCAUAUACCAAUCUCCCACCUACUCUUUUAUUAUAGGUACAUCUGAAGAAGUUUGACAGAUCUUAGAUGUAUUGUAUCCCUAGCUUUUUUUUUAUUGAUCUAUGUAGAGAAGCAUUUUUGUUCUUUCUA